AUGCCAAAAGCGCCGACUCUGCCCCAUCUCAACUUGGCUCCCGACAACAAUGACGAUAUUAAUGGUCUGUCCCCUGCGACACUGAGCCCUCGCUCGACGGGCUCUCCUCACACUCCACGAUCGGCCCCGACCUCCCCAUAUUUGCAGGGCCCUCCACCCUCUUUCAUGUCGCAUCAAGUGUCUGUAUCUCAAGACGAUGGAAACGAUGGCUCGCGUACAGGACCCAGGUCUCCGCGUAUAACAGCAAUGCCCGAAUUGCCUCCCUCACCAGCUCCUCAGUCACCAAAACAUGCCCGAGAUCCCUCCAAGGGUUUCUUUUCCAACCUAAUGGCUUCGAAAUCCUCCCACAGACUGCAUGCUUCGGAGACUAGCAUUCCAGAGAACGGAGAGAAACCAAACACAAGGAGCCGGGCUAGUUCAAAAGAGAGGUCCCUACAUUCGGUUAAAAAGCAAGAAUCAACCCCAGAGUUGCCGAAGGUUGCAUCAAGCAAUAGUCCCAGCAAUGAGAUUGAGCUCCCAGCUUCGGCGGAAUCAAUCCCUUUCCAGCCCGCUCUAGAGCCACCACCGGCGACCAAAAAGACGAAAUCCAAGUUUGGCGGCAUUCUCGCAAGGACCAAGACCGUGAAACUGGAGGAAACAGCACCCAAACAGAAGCACCCGCCGCCAAGUCAUCUGCAGCUGGACACCUCUAAUUCCGGCAAUGACCACAUUGAGACAUCUCCAAGGACUGCACCCAUCAAGUUCGACCACCGAGAGAGGGCAUUUGGCCUUGAGAGUGGUGCAACCGUGCGAAAUCGCUCAGUAGAUCGACAGACCCGCGACGACUCGCAGUCAAUGAAGAGAGAUCGGCCGACGGCGGGUAUACCUGUGUCCCAUUCCUUCCGAGAUGGGACAACGCUUCAAAUCUUAUCGAACCUUGGGCAGACUGGCAAAGGCAUGGGAGACCGCAUCGGCAAGGCUGGGAAGGGCUUUUUUGGCAAGAUCACACGGAGUGGGAGCAGUAAUGAACGCGAAACUCUGAUGGUCACGGAUGACAAUUACGUAUGCACAACAAUCAACCUGCCACUUGUUAAGCAAACCCGGAAAACCAGGAUAGCACGACGUCUGGAGUCAUCCAAGGAUAAGACCGAAUUCUGGAUGCCGGCCUUGCCAUGGCGUUGCAUUGAUUACCUCAAUAUGAAUGGCGCCGAAGAAGAAGGCCUGUAUCGGAUCCCUGGCAGCAACAGAGAUGUGAAACACUGGCAGCGGCGCUUUGACACCGAGUACGAUAUCAACCUCUUUGACGAACCCGAACUGUAUGAUAUCAACACCAUCGGCUCAAUGUUUAAAUCCUGGUUGCGAGAGUUGCCUGACGAGAUCCUUCCCAAAGCGAUCCAAAACAAGAUUGCUACCCAGUGCGCCGGGGCCACUUCAGCGCCUCAAUUGUUGAAAGACGAACUAUCGCGUUUGCCGCCAUUCAACUACUACCUGCUAUUCGCCAUCACAUGCCACCUCAGUCUACUCAACAGCUAUGCUGAGAGGAACAAAAUGGACUAUCGAAAUUUGUGCAUCUGCUUUCAGCCUUGCCUGAAGAUCGAUGCCUUUUGCUUUCAAUUUCUCGUCAUGGAUUGGAAGAAUUGCUGGCAAGGCUGCUGGACUGAAAAGGAGUACCUGGAAGAAGAAUAUCGGUACCAGCGGGAAGGCUCGAUCAACGAAAGCGAGGACCUGGCGAUCGAUGAGAGAGCCAUCUCUUCCAGCGGCAGCAGUCAGCAACAGCAACAACCGCCGUGUCAGCCGCCACCAUCAAAUUCUCAGCAGGCAUCUGCGCAGCAGCCCGUCCCUCCUCGAACCGCAGAUGCCGCGGCACAUCGCAAGUCAACGGCUCCCAGGACAAAGCAGCGGAGCCUGUCUCAGGGUGGAAGUGCCAGGGACAGAUCCAACAGUGCACAUACGCCUAGCCAGUCGGUGCCCGCUGUACCCCGAAUGGUGACGCCAGAGCCCCCCAAAAUGUCGCUUGAUCAAAAAUUGCCAGAGCUGACAGGGCUCUCUCCCAUUAGAAUGUGA